GACUGGAGGAGGAGGGGCCGCCAGACACAGAGAGGCAGCCAGCGCGAGAGAACCCGCAAUCCGGCCAGCGCCGCCUCUGCCUUUUCAAUCCGCAGCCAUCCGGCUCCCCGAGCCCCCAUCUCCCCUCCUGACUCGGCUCCCCAGGCAGACCCGGCUCCCCACAACCACAACCGGCAGAUCAGAAGCGGCGCACAGAAAUUUCCUUACUAGAUGACAUUUCAUCGCAAUGUCCGAUCGUUUGGGGCAAAUAACCAAGGGAAAGGAUGGGAAAAGCAAGUACUCGACUCUCAGCCUGUUUGAUAAGUAUAAAGGAAAGUCAAUAGAAGCUAUCAGAACUACAGUUAUUCCUAGACAUGGCUUACAGAGUCUUGGGAAAGUUGCUGCUGCCCGGCGCAUGCCACCUCCUGCAAACUUGCCAAGCUUGAAGUCUGAGAACAAAGGAAACGACCCCAACAUCAUUAUAGUACCCAAGGACGGUACAGGAUGGGCAAACAAGCAGGAUCAGCCAGACCAAAAGAGUUCCAGUGCGACGGCUGCACAGCCGCAGGAGUCGCUGCCGCAGCAGGGUUUGCAGAAAUCUGUCUCCAAUUUACAGAAGCCGACACAGCCAAUCAGUCAAGAGAGUACAAAUUCAGUGCCAGGUGGGCCAAAGUCAUGGGCACAGCUGAAUGGAAAGCCAGCAGGACAAGAAGGUGGUUCAAGGGCCUCAAGCCGACUGUUAUCCUUCUCUCCCGAGGAAUUUCCGACGCUGAAAGCAGCUGGCGAGCAGGACAAGGUUGGCAAAGAAAAGGGCGCCUUAGAUCUGUCGUAUGGGCCAGGACCAAGCCUCCGCCCCCAGAAUGUCACCAGUUGGAGGGAGGGCGGUGGGAGGAACAUUACCUCUGCCACAUCUCUGACCGCCUCCCCUCCUGAGCCGGGCAGCAAGACCUCUAGCACAGGAGAUGGAGCCCCCUCCUCAGCGAGUGCCAGCGAUCCUAAGGAGCCCUCUCUCCGCCCGGCUCAGCCUAUCCGUAAAGGGGCUUCGCAGUUCAUGGGAAAUGCGUACCAUCCGCCUACGUACCAUGACAUGCUACCUGCUUUUAUGUGUCCCCAGCAGUCAUCUGAGGUCCCUGGAUCACUGGACCGUGGGUCUUUCCCCCUUCCUCAGCUUCGGCUUGAGCCCCGUGUCCCUUUCAGACAAUACCAGAUGAAUGACCAAGAUGGAAAAGAGAAUAGACCUGGGGUAUCUCGCCCAACGCGUCCAGUUCGGCAGCAAGGAGAGCGGGCUCCCCGGCCCACCAUUAUCAACGCAGAAAACCUGAAGGAGCUGGAUGAACUCGACAUUGAUGCAGAUGAUGGUUGGGCAGGCAUACAUGACGAAGUGGAUUACUCCGAGAAACUGAAGUUUAGCGAAGAUGAGGAAGAGGAAGAAGCUCUUAAAGACGGAAGACAGAAAUGGAACAGCUGGGACCCCAGAAGGCAGCGACAGCUGUCCCUGAGCUCUGCAGACAGUGCAGAUAUUAAACACACCCUGGAGGAAGGAAAGAACUGGGGUGACCCAGUUGGUUUGUCUCGGUCAGUUGUCAAGGUGCAAGGCCCCCAGCAGCCUUCAAGGAAGCUGAAUGGCUGGACCCCUGCAUCAGAAUAUCAGAAGCCCCCACUGGGAUGUAUUCUCAGACAGCAGUCCUUGGAGGAUAAAGAAGAAAAGGUGCCCCUGAGACAGAAGUUUGUCCACUCUGAGAUCUCGGAAGCUGUUGAGCGAGCCAGGAGGCGACGUGAGGAGGAAGAGCGACGAGCCAGAGAGGAGCGCCUGGCUGCCUGUGCUGCCAAACUCAAGCAGCUGGAUCAGAAAUGCAAACUGGCUCAGAAAACAGGAGAGACCCAGAAACAUGUGGAGAAUGAAGAUCUGAAACCCCCGAGUGUGGAAAAGAAGGUGGCUCAGGAGAAUGGUCAUACGUUCCGUAGAGCUACUUCUGAAUUUCAUGCACAGGAUGUCUCUGUUGGUUAUCUAGAAGAGGAAACCACAGCCACAACAGUAGCUGCCCAAAACAGCACUGAGGAGGAGAUUAGAGAAGCCACGUCCCCAGCACAAGAGUUCAAUAAAUACCAGAAAUCACUUCCUCCAAGAUUCCAGAGGCAGCAGCAGCAGCAACAGCAGCAGGAGCAGCUGUAUAAGAUGCAGCAUUGGCAGCAACAGCAGGUCUAUCCUCCGCCAUCCCAUUCCCAUCCUCAGCGUACGUUCUACCCACCACACCCGCAGAUGCUCGGCUUUGAUCCUCGCUGGAUGAUGAUGCCGUCUUACAUGGACCCUCGUAUGGCUCAGGGCCGUACCCCUGUGGAUUUUUACCCUUCGGCCCUUCAUCCUUCAGGAAUUAUGAAGCCCAUGAUUCAGCAGGACUCCGUCAAUGGGAGCGGCUGCAGGUCUGAAGAGCAAAACUGUCAGCCAUCGUUGCAGCAGGAAAGGAAAGCUGCCUCCAUGGACCCUGCCCCAGUGUGGGGCCAGGAAAGCUACACAUCCCUGCAGAACAAAGGAUACCCAUUACCACAUCAAAAACAGACGGAGAACAUGAGCAUGGAGGGACUGCACACCAGGAGUGACAGCUCUUACUCUGCCUCAUCUGGAAGGUCAGAGGGCAUAAAUGCCCAGCGAGAUCUCUUUGAGGAGAGAGGGGAUGAGUACUUAAACACUUUUGACAAGAAGGCCCAAGCUGACUUUGACAGCAGUAUAUCUUCUCAAAGAAUAGGCCAAGAUCUUUUGUUUCAGCACCAGGAGACCGUGCAAGAUGCAUGCGUUUCUGGUGCCCGCCAUGCAAGCUUACGGUGUUCUCCCCUGGAGUCUGACUUUAUACAAGUUGAUAAAAAACCUGAGUAUAAUGGUUGGGACAUCAACCACCAUCAGAAAUCCUCGGAAGCUGCAGCAGAGGCAGAUGAAGAAGUGCCCAGGGAUGAGCAGUCAUUUAGUGCUGACCCAUGGAAGAAAGAAGGUGCUGUCAGCAAGCAACCUGCUGAAGAGACGGAUUGGGCUCCUGAGAACAGAAACACCACCAGUCAGCACCAGGAGCAGAUGGGGAGGACCCGGAGAUCUGGCCCAAUUAAAAAACCAGUCCUGAAAGCCCUCAAGGUUGAGGAGAAGGAGAAAGAACAGGAGAAGAUUAAACUAGAAGGAGAAGAGGUUUCACACCCAGCAAAAGAGAAAGCACCUGUCUAUAAGGUGGAGAAUGAUUCAGAAGAUUCAUCAACCUUGCUAAACUCCACUCAUUACCUGCUGGACGAAAAGGGUUCUUCCCAAGCCAGUUUCACCCAAGAUGCUGAGAAAUCUCAGGAGGAAGAGGAAGAGGAGGAAGAGGAGGAGAAGACUGAAAGGGCAUGGGAGAAUAAGCUUUCCAGAGAGUCUAAUGACCUCCCUCCCACAAAAAGAAACAACUGGAUCUUUAUCGAUGAGGAACAAGCCUUUGGUGGGAGAGGCCGAGGGAGAGGCAGAGGCUUUAGAGAAUUCACUUUCAGAGGCCGUGGCACUGCUGUUAGUGGCAGGGGUGUCUAUAACAACCAAAGAAGCAGCAGAGGGCGGGGUCUACGGGAGUUCAAUCAGCCGGAAGACUUCCCGAGGGGCAAGCCCAGGCGCAGGAUUGCUAGUGAGACACAUAGCGAAGGGUCUGAGUACGAGGAGCUCCCCAAGCGGCGCCGGCAGAGAGGUUCUGAAAACAGCAAUGAAAGCUCCCUCCUAGAGAGGGAGGAGAGCGACCUGAAGAAGGGAGACUUCAAAGAUUCUUGGAGGUCCAAUAAAAUCUACUCUGACGAUCACAGCAGCCUUGAUGCCAAGGUGAGGGCCCCGAGAGCUUUUGGGAGGUCUCUGCCCCCACGACUGAGCAACUCUGGGUACGGGCGAAGAGGCUUCAUGGCGAAGGAGCCUUCCCAGUGGCAGGGCAGAAGCGGGGGAACCACAUGGCAGGAGUACAGCCACUGCCCUCCAUCAGACACUUUUGGGAUUAGGCGACAGUCUGACAGGGACUAUAUCCAAGAUUCUUACAAGCACGCGGACUCCUUCACUGGCAGGGGUUUUGAGGAGAAUCACAUUGACAACAGAAGGCCCAUGUUCCAGGAGGAUUACACUGCAGAUCAAGAGAACAUAGAAAACAGGCCAUUCAGGAGGCGGCGUCCCCCUCGUCAAGACAAGCCCCCCCGAUUCAGGCGCCUGAGACAAGAGAGAGAAUCUGUCGGCCAGUGGAACCCCGAGGAAGGUGGAACCAGCCUGUUGCCCAGCCAAUGGCCCGGGAGACCCAAGCUGACCAUGGUGGAGAAGAAUGGUGUCUCUGGCAGGAGGUCUCCUGAGCUGUCCUAUCAGAACUCGUCAGAUCAUGCCAAUGAGGAGUGGGAGACAGCGUCUGAAAGCAGCGACUUCAGUGAGAGACGGGAGAGACGCGAUGGUGUUUUGGAGAGUGAAGCGCAGCUGGAUGGCGGCCUUGCCGGUAGCAGCUUGGGAGAGAAGAGAGAGUUGGCAAAGAGGAGUUUCUCAAGCCAGAGGCCCCUAGUGGACAGACAGAGCCGUAAGGCUGAACCAGCAGGGUUUGGGGAGCAAUUGAUAAGGGCCGGUGGAGGAGCUGCUUCCCGGUUCGAGAGCCAGCAGAAUGGGAUGCCAAUGAAAAGCAAAAGAUCUCCAGAAGAAGGUGGGGGUCUGGGUAAUACCAAAAGUGGGAGCAGCCACUCUGUUUACAGCCUAGAGAGAUCAUCGCGCACCAGCUCAGACAGUGCAGAGGGGCCAGGUAAAAAGCAGGAAAAAGAGCCUAAAUCCACAGCCCAGAGACCAAGUGAAAAGGGGGAGACCAUGUCACAGUUCGAGUUGAAUUAUGGAAAUGCCAUCAUUGACAGUCGGGUUUCAAGCACAGCAGAGGAGAAUGAAGUGGGCUCUAUGGCAGGAGAAGGCUUCAUUGAGGUCCUCACUAAGAAGCAACGCCGCUUGCUGGAAGAGGAACGUAGGAAGAAAGAACAAGCUGCCCAGGGACCAACCAAAGGACGUGUCCUUCAGUCUCGUAUCCCGCCUCGAUUUGCUAAGAAGCAGAACAGUAUGUGCCUGGAGCAAGGUGAUGUAACUGUGUCCGGAAGCAGCCUGGGCACAGAGAUUUGGGAAAGCAAUAGUCCAGCCCUCUCCGUUCAGUCACCUGGCAGCGAUUCCUGGAGUAGGCCUGUAAAUGCCUUUAAUGGCACCGAAUCCAGCUCCACUGAGCAGGGUUUUAAAGGCAGCCAGGGGGAUAGUGGCAUUGACUUGAGUGCGGAGUCUCGGGAAUCUUCUGCUACCUCCUCUCAGCGCAGUUCUCCAUAUGGCACCCUCAAACCAGAGGAGAUGAAUGGGGCUGGCCUGGUGGACCCAAAGCCUGACUGCCAGAAGGAGCAAGUUCAGAAGCAAUCUGAUAAAAAGGAUUCAGAUCAAGGCUCAGGACAGAACAAGGAACACAAGCCCGGACCAAUCGGCAAUGAACGCUCCCUGAAAAACAGAAAGGGUUCGGAGGGAACGGAACGGCUGGAAGGGAAUAUCCCCCCUGUUAAUGGGGUGGAAAUUCACGUGGACUCAGUUCUUCCUGUGCCACCCAUUGAAUUUGGAGUAAAUCCUAAAGACUCUGACUUCAGUCUGCCCCCUGGCUCUGCCUCUGGUACUGCAGCUAGCCCUGUCACCAAACUGCAGGAUGCCUUGGCCGGUAAUGCAGGGUUAACGCAGUCCAUUCCCAUUCUGCGAAGAGAUCACCAUCUCCAGCGAUGCAUCGGUCUGAACCCAAUGUCUUUCCCCACUGCAGACCUCACUCUUAAGAUGGAGUCUGCACGCAAGGCUUGGGAGAAUUCCCCUAGUUUACCAGAACAGAACUCUCCAGGAGGUGCUGGCUCAGGCAUCCAGCCUCCUUCCAGUGUCGGCGCUUCCAGUGGUGUCAGCUACAGCUCUUUUGGCGGUGUUUCUAUGCCUCCUAUGCCUGUGGCGUCCGUAGCACCUUCUGCAUCUAUUCCAGGUAACCACAUCCCACCCCUGUAUCUGGAUGGCCAUGUGUUUGCGAGUCAGCCACGCUUGGUCCCUCAGACGAUACCUCAGCAGCAGAGCUACCAGCAGGCUGCUGCUGCUCAGCAGAUUCCGAUUUCCCUUCACACAUCUUUACAGGCCCAAGCUCAGCUUGGGCUGAGGGGAGGCCUGCCUGUCUCCCAGUCCCAAGAGAUCUACAGCUCCAUACAGCCCUUCAGGUCUCCAGUGUACAUGCACCCCAGUCUGUCCCAGCCCAGUACCAUGGUCCUGACAGGAGGUGCUGCUCUGAAGCCCCCAUAUUCUGCCUUCCCAGGCAUGCAGCCCUUGGAGAUGGUAAAAACACAGUCUGGGUCCCCUUAUCAGCCAAUGAGUGGAAGCCAGACACUGGUAUAUGAAGGCCAGAUAAACCAGGCAGCCAGUUUGGGAGCCUCACAGAUGAUGGACUCCCAACUUACACAGGGAUUGAAGCCUGUCAUGGAACGUAAAGCUGAGGCCAGUGUGAACCUUCCUGAUGUUCCAGUCCCUGAAAUCACACCAGCAGAGGAGUAUAGCAGAUUUUUAGAUGUGGACAUCGAGCUGAAAACAAAAGCUAACAAUGCCUAUGCCUGGGUCCCAGCUUCCUCUCCCCCGGUAUGGUUCUGGCCAGCAGCAACUGAUUUUACCACAGUCCAUCCAGCUUCCUCAGGGGCAGAAUCUGUCUGUAGGAGCUCCCCGCAGGAUUCUUCCACCUGGAUCUCAGCCUUCUGUCCUCACUACCAGCAGGGAGGCCUAGCUCUGCCAGCCCCAGUGGGAAGCCAUCUGGACCAGCAGUCAAUAUGGGUUCCGUGCAGGGACACUAUGUACAACAGGCAAAGCAGCGAGUGGAUGAAAAUAAAACCAACCUGGGAGCUGUGAAAUUGCAAGAACCAUCCUCUGCAAACCAGAUGAAGCCGGUGCGCACGGGAGCGAUCAAACCUCAAGCAGUAAAAGUGGAGGAAAGCAAGGCCUAGGAGAGCCCGUGAUCACCCGCUGUCUCUACUGGCUGAGGGAGGCAUUGCAGCUCAGCUUGUACCCCACUGGAAGUUCUGAAAAUCUGGCCAGAUCCAUCCCCAACCCAACACUGACUAAAGCAACAUAAUCCAAGCCCCUCUCCAACAAAGCAGUUUGAAACAAUGGAUAUGACAUUGACCUGCUUGCUCAAAAACCAAACCAACCACCUGCUCCCAUGUGACUGUUGAGUGGCUCUAGCCAUUUUUAUUUUCAUACCCCCACCCACAGGUAGCCAGGAUAGCUCAUUUGGCAAAGCCCAUCCUUCUCCUUCCCUACUUCUGUCAGCAGAAUGGCAACAGGGGGAAGAGGGUUAGUUGGAGGUUUUUCAUUUUAAAGGCAGCUGAGGUUUUUACAAAAAAAAAAAAAAAAAAAAAAAAGCUAUAUCUUUGUUUAUUGCAAAACUUUUAUAUGUUCUCUCAUUCCCCCUUCUCUCUGCCCCCUCAUUCCUCCCAGAAGAUAACUCCUCAAACCAAUAUCAUGUUCUGAGAUAGAACCUGCUUAAUUUUAUAUACAGUUCUGUGCUACAUUGACAGUUGUGACUCUCUUAAAUUGAAUUGCUUGGGUGUUCUCCCCCGAGGAGGUUUAACCUUUCACAUUAUUUGAUUAAGAGAAAUACAGGACAGUUAAGGCAUUCAAUAAUUUUUCAGUAUUUUGGUUUUAAGCUAGAAGCAGUGCUUGCUUUAGAAGUAAACGUGUAACAAAGGUAUAUAGUAAAUCAAUGCAUUAAUCUUGAAACUCGCACCACUUAACUGUAGCUUUGGGGUGCCCUGUGCACAACAAAAUGUGGCGUUUUUGUUUUAAGGAAAGGCACUGAAUUUAUGUUGCAAGCUCAUCUGGAUCUAGUUGUUUUUGUCGGUUGGGUUUUGUUUUGGAGACUGCCAAAUGCACAGCGAAAGGUAAAUCAUGGAUUUACAACAUGUAAAAUCUGUUAAUGAAUCUCCACACCUUGCAUAGGUCAGAAGAGUUGGCUAGAGCCAACAGGUCUAUUUGGACUACUUUUUGUAGUUGUGAUGCUCUCGCUAUGCUCCACCCUUGGCCACUCUAAUUCUUUAUGCCUCCUUGCCUCAUGGGCUGCUCUGUUUCCCAUGGGGCUGCUCUCUGAGCUUCACUCUCCCUUCUUUUCAGGUCUUGCUCUCUGCUUCUUUCUCGUCUUCAUAGCUUUUUGCACAACUCCCAUGGACACAAACCAGUGAGAACUCCCCCUCCCCCCCUCUGCAUACCAGUCAUAGUACACAAAUUCAGUUUUGUUUUGUUUUUUGGCAUCACAAGCAUAUGGCUACAUAGCGGCAGUUUGGAUUCAUCCCUGUGUUUCCUCCUUCCCCAGACUAACAAGUGGUUCUCUCCUUUUGGUGCAGUUGCAUACAGUGGGUAUGCACUUCCUCAAAAGAAUUUGGGGGCAUAUUAAAAAAGGUUCCAAUGGGAAGGGUGUCUUUGAUUUUGUGUGUGUGUGUGUGUGUGUGUGUGUGUAUGUAUGUAUGUAUGUAUGUAUGUAUGUAUAUACAUACAUAUAUCUAUCUUGCAGGAAUGACUUGCCAGUUCCUGAAGGUGCUUGGGUCCUAAAGCUGAUAUUGGUCUUAAGUGAACUGAACCACCUCCAGCUAACUUGUUUGUACUAUUUAGCUCUUAAAAAACAAAGAAUGGACUCUGUUACUCUGAAAUUAGGGAAGGAGAAUGUCACUUCUCUGGUAGAUGAUAGCCUACUGACUGUACCAUCUACCUAUGCUAGAUGGCAGCAGGUAAAUUGCUGGUGGUUCCAAAGAAGACAUUUUGAACAAAGAAUGUAAUUGGGAAGUGGUCUGAAAGUGUUUUUUUAGAAGAGCAGGUUCUCCAGGAUUUUCUAGAGAUGCAUUUGAAGUUUUAAGCUAGGUAUAAAUCAGGUUUAUACAAUAACAUUAGAAAGAUCUUAGACACCUGAACUAACUUAGACAUAGUAAUGUCCCCUCAGAUCAUGGUAAAGAAUCCUGAAGGGAUUGGGAUAGGUUGGUACUUUUAAAAAAAACAAAAACAGAACUUUCUUUUUAAUUUUGUGGAUUUUUAAUUUUACAGCAGUGUGUCAGCAUGUCUCUAGCACUCUACAAAGUACGGACCUUGAGAGUUAAUGACACACACAGCCUUCAGAAAUCUCCCAAACUUGUUUUCUCAUCUGCUAGUCGUCAUUCCUGCUCCCAACAUUUUCCGAAGACGACUCCACCAGUGAGUCACCCAGCCCCCUUCUAUCCCUGUCUCCCUCCAUCUUCACCUUGAAAUAUUGUGAUCAAUUGAAUUGGCUAAAAUUUCUUUAUUACAUUGUGCGCCCUCUUGAUGCCCCCCCACUCCUCCAUUCUUUGCCCAGCUGGCCCAAGAUAAUAUCAGACCGGAGUCUAAUGGCUAAAGACUUAUCCAAGCCUCUCUUCUCUUUCCUUCCACCCCUAGACACACUAUUUAGUCUUUUCAAAGACAAAGAUCUUUUUCCUUCAUCAUAUACGACUCUUGAAUGGUCCUGUGUGUUGGAGAAAUCAGGUUAUUGCUAGAUAUGAGAUGUUUCAGUCCCUCUGGUGUAAAUGCCAUCAGAACUAUAGUUCUUCCUGUUGAAAAAGGUCAUCACUCUUUCUCCUUUACCCCCUUCAUCCCCAAACAGAAUAAAACACUAAAAUUUAUUUAUAUGUAUUUGAUGUUGUAGGUCUAGGUGAAAAAGUAAAUGUUUCACUGCUCUAUUUAUAUAUUAUGUCUGAAUUAUUCUGUGCAGGAAAGGCCAAGAAAUGCAUGAGAGCUUCAUUCCAUUCAUCACCUUUGCGUGACUGUCAGCUGUGGUUUACAAGACUCUUUCACUUAACGGAUUUUUGUCUGAUGGAAAGCAGUUUUAGAGCCCAAAGUUUUAACUUCUCUGCCAUGUUGUUUGUUAGCGCUAGUACAAGGUUAGUGCAGCCUGUGAUGCUCUUGAGUCAAAUAAAUGGAACUGUCUCCAGUCCUCAAGGUGCAGAAAUGUAAAGGUCUCUGGGCCCUAUACCAAUUCAUUUUUGGGAGGGAGAGGUUGAAGAUGCAUGGAAUGUUGAUGGAUUUAUAGGUGGUUACUUCUACUUGCCAUCUCCACUCCACUGCUGAAAGGUUGGGCUCCGUAAUGACUUCUUUGCUACUGAAAUUUGCUUUAUCUGCAAACUGGCUGCCAAACAGAUACAGUAUGCAGUGGGAGGGAGAGGUGGGAUCCAUAAGUAUUCAGAGGCUAACUGUGUUCUGCAUUUUAACCAGACUGUUUAGUGGAAGGCCUGAAGCAUGUAUGUGUGUAAAUACUAUUCUAUUAUGCACAGUGACUGCUGGCCUGUCAGCUGCAUUCAGUGCUGCCUACUUUCCUCUGUGUUCAGUCUGCUUUUAGCUCUCAAUUAAAAAAAAAUUAACGUGAGUUUUGAAAAAGAUGCCCUGUAUAUUUUAAAUAAAAGGUUAAAUCAGCACAGUCACCAGUGAAGCAGGUGGUGGUGUUGAUCUUUCAUAACUCACUGUUGGCUUUCCCAUUUGACAGCUGUACAGCAUUCAGUAACUCUGAAUGUGUUCUCAGCCCAUUGAAUCUCAUAUGUGUUUGUGUACAUGCAGAGAGGCGCGCCAUUUAACAGAGUUCCUUGCGAGAAUGCUGCAAAGCUACAAGCUACCUUGUGGUUCAUGUAUAUUUAUAUAGGUAUAUAAAAAUGGAGCUUAGCAUUUCUGCUAUGUCUCACUUUUUGGCAGGCUACUAUAUUCACUUUUAAACGAGCACCACUCCAUGCUAAGAUCUGUUCUGUUGCAUUAUGUUAUCCUUCUUCUGUUUUGCUCCUGACUGGUGAAACACAGAUUAAUUUCUUGGAAUGUCAACUAUUUUUGGCAGACAGCCCCCAGUUUCCUUGUAUGAAAGAUUUCUCUUAAGAGUAAGAAUUACAUUUACAAUAACAAGCAGAAUCCUUGUAAUGUAGUUGUGGCCCAUCAAUAAGAGAUGAACAAUUACUAAAGCAAUGGAACUACUGGCUGUGUGAAGAGGCAGAACCAGUCCAACUAUGUAUUUUUGGCUUUUUUGGUUUUUAAAUCCAAAGGCCACCAAGUGGCAUAGACAACCUCUUGGAUUUAAUGAUUUGACCCUAGCAUCUCAAGAUGUCUGCAGUCUAUAGCUAACCGGUAGCCCUGGGAAUCACAGCAGCAGCAAUGGAGGCACUCACUCUUUAGCAUGUCAAGGCAUUGUCCUUAGUUGGAAUCCUUUCUCUGGUUCUGUAUAAAUUGCAUUCAUUGUUUCUAAAGGGGAUAUUGUACUCCAUAAAGCUUACAACCUCAUGACCUGUACAGUAAAGUUUUUUUUGGCCUUUCCUCUUUGUCUUUUCACGUAGACCAGAUAUUUGAAAGGGCAGACGAUGGAUAAAUGUGUAAUGUGCAACCUGUUUAUAUUUUUUGGAAACUUUAACUUGGACCAGAACUCAAAUCACGAAAUCACCAGGCCAGUGGUGGCACACUCUUUAUUGCCCUUUUUCCUUAUUUUCCAUACCUAUUGUUUCUCCUUUCAAAUAUGUGAUUGUAUUAGCUCUUUCCAUAUGAAAGAAUUCUCCUUAUUUAAAUAAAAAAGUUAAAAAAUAAAUAAAGCAGAUUAUGCUUUUCUCAAA